GCACUCCUGUCGGGCGUGGACGGCUCCGAGCCGCCAGGGGCCGCUGUGGCGCAGCCGGGCUGGCCCGCGCUGUCCCUGCCGCGGAUCACUGGCCCCUCUUGAGGACGGCCUUGCCGGUUUGACGGGGUGAAAGGUUGCGAAGAUGGCGACGGCCUUGAGCGAGGAGGAGCUGGACAAUGAAGACUAUUACUCGUUGCUGAACGUGCGCAGGGAGGCCUCUUCUGAAGAGCUGAAAGCUGCCUACCGGAGGCUGUGUAUGCUCUACCAUCCAGACAAGCACAGAGACCCAGAGCUCAAGUCACAGGCGGAACGACUGUUUAACCUUGUUCACCAGGCUUAUGAAGUGCUUAGUGACCCCCAAACCAGGGCCAUCUAUGAUAUAUAUGGGAAGAGAGGACUGGAAAUGGAAGGAUGGGAGGUUGUGGAAAGGAGGAGAACCCCAGCUGAAAUUCGAGAGGAGUUUGAGCGGCUGCAGAGAGAGAGGGAAGAGAGGAGACUGCAGCAGCGAACCAAUCCCAAGGGAACGAUCAGCGUUGGAGUAGAUGCCACUGACCUUUUUGAUCGCUAUGAUGAGGAGUAUGAAGAUGUGUCCGGCAGUAGCUUUCCGCAGAUUGAAAUUAAUAAAAUGCACAUAUCCCAGUCCAUUGAGGCACCCUUGACAGCGACAGACACAGCCAUCCUCUCUGGAAGCCUCUCAACCCAGAAUGGAAAUGGAGGAGGUUCCAUUAACUUUGCGCUCAGACGAGUAACUUCGGCAAAGGGAUGGGGAGAGUUGGAAUUUGGAGCUGGAGACCUGCAGGGACCUUUAUUUGGUCUCAAGCUGUUCCGUAAUCUCACACCAAGAUGCUUUGUGACAACGAACUGUGCUCUGCAGUUUUCAUCCCGUGGAAUCCGACCUGGCCUGACCACCGUCCUAGCUCGGAACCUAGACAAGAACACCGUGGGCUACCUGCAGUGGCGAUGGGGUAUCCAGUCAGCCAUGAACACUAGCAUCGUCCGGGACACUAAAACCAGCCACUUCACUGUGGCCCUGCAGCUGGGAAUCCCUCACUCCUUUGCACUGAUCAGCUAUCAGCACAAAUUCCAAGAUGAUGAUCAGACUCGCGUGAAAGGAUCCCUCAAAGCAGGCUUCUUUGGGACGGUGGUGGAGUACGGAGCCGAGAGGAAGAUCUCCAGGCACAGCGUUUUGGGUGCAGCUGUCAGCAUUGGAGUUCCACAGGGCGUUUCUCUCAAAGUCAAGCUCAACAGGGCCAGUCAGACAUACUUCUUCCCUAUUCACUUGACGGACCAGCUUCUGCCCAGCGCCGUGUUCUAUGCCACCGUGGGGCCUCUAGUGGUCUACUUUGCCAUGCACCGUCUGAUCAUCAAACCAUACCUCAGGGCUCAGAAAGAGAAGGAAUUGGAGAAGCAGAGGGAAAGCGCCGCCACCGACGUGCUGCAGAAGAAGCAAGAGGCGGAGUCCGCUGUCCGGCUGAUGCAGGAAUCUGUCCGAAGGAUAAUUGAGGCAGAAGAGUCCAGAAUGGGCCUCAUCAUCGUCAAUGCCUGGUACGGGAAGUUUGUCAAUGACAAGAGCAGGAAGAGUGAGAAGGUGAAGGUGAUUGACGUGACUGUGCCCCUGCAGUGCCUGGUGAAGGACUCGAAGCUCAUCCUCACGGAGGCCUCCAAGGCUGGGCUGCCUGGCUUUUAUGACCCGUGUGUGGGGGAAGAGAAGAACCUGAAAGUGCUCUAUCAGUUCCGGGGCGUCCUGCAUCAGGUGAUGGUGCUGGACAGUGAGGCCCUCCGGAUACCAAAGCAGUCCCACAGGAUCGAUACAGAUGGAUAAACUGCCAAGAACCAGAUUUUUAAAAGGCUGCAUAAAAUAUUUUCCUGGGAGUCUACAAAUUUGGAAACAGGGAAAAAACCCAGACAUCAGAUGUUUUUAUUUUAUAUUAUUAUAGGAGGUGGUACCAUAUCAAUUAUGUGAAGGGACAUGCAGACACCCCAGCUUUUGAGGGUGCUGGGGGUAGGACUGAGGCAGCCCCACUGGGAACCAGACUGCAGCGUGGCCUGUGGCUGUUUUACCAAGGACCGGUUCCUGGAGGGAAGGGCCCUGGCCCUGACUCUGCCGGGUCCCCUGAGUAUGCGUGGGGCCCGCAGCCCACCGCCCCGUAGUUCUUGGUUGGGUCUGGAGGUGUUUGUGGAACACCCUGCCCUCCACCACAGGAGCGUGAGCUGCUUCUCUUGAAAUCCUGAACAUGGGAAACAACGUGGAAAGCAGGCAGGCCUCCGGGUCAGGGAGCGUCUGCUGCGCUGACUUCCAUGACCACCUCCUGCUGAAAUAGUACUGCUUGAAUCUGGAGCAGAUUGCGGGUUUAUAAAACUGCUUUUUAUCUGAGAA